AGUAGGGCGCGAGCUCGCGGUGUCACGCGCAGAGAGCUGCUCGUCUCGGGCUGUGGGACUCUAGACUAGAGAGCAACAGCGCUGCCUCUCCAGCGGGUAUAAAAGAAACCAGUCUGCUGCAAGGUCGCGACCGAAGAGUCAGCGAACGUCACUCUGAUUCACAGAAACAGGCAAAGUCCGAAGAAAUCAAUUGAGUGAAAAUAAAGACAGCAGUUAGUUGAACAGCUGACGGGACCGACCCACCGCGCUGGCCGUCCGACGCUGGACACCGGACCGUUGAUUCAUCCCAACCGCUGGAUUAAACUGUCUAGAACCAGAGAAGAUUUUUACACAACCCCUAAAGUUUUUUUUCCCUUUAAGUAAAACGCUUUACUUUAAACACUGUGAAAGAUGUUCCGCUGGGCGAACAAUGACGGAAAGAAAAAGGACCCCGAACUGUUUCAGACGGUUUCUGACGGGCUGAAGCGACUCUACCGGACCAAACUCUUUCCCCUGGAAGACACCUACCGCUUCCACGACUUCCACUCUCCGGCUCUGGAAGAUGCUGAUUUCGAUAACAAGCCCAUGGUACUUUUAGUGGGCCAGUACUCCACGGGGAAAACCACUUUUAUUCGGCAUCUGAUGGAGCAGGAUUUCCCCGGGAUGCGCAUAGGCCCCGAGCCCACCACCGAUUCAUUCAUAGCGGUGAUGCACGGGGACCAGGAGAGUCUCAUCCCGGGCAAUGCUUUAGUGGUUGACCCCAAGAAACCCUUCAGAAAACUCAACGCCUUUGGAAACGCUUUUCUGAACAGGUUUGUAUGUGCUCAGAUGCCAAAUCCAGUGUUGGACAGCAUCAGCAUCAUAGACACUCCUGGAAUCCUGUCUGGAGAGAAACAGCGGAUCAGCAGAGGUUAUGACUUUGCUGCAGUGCUCGAAUGGUUCGCUGAACGCGUGGACCGCAUUAUUCUUCUCUUUGACGCACACAAGUUGGACAUCUCAGAUGAGUUCUCAGAGGUGAUCCGAGCUCUGAAAAAUCACGAGGACAAGAUGCGGGUGGUGCUCAACAAAGCUGAUCAGAUUGGGACCCAGCAGCUGAUGCGGGUGUAUGGUGCCCUCAUGUGGUCGCUCGGUAAAAUUGUCAACACCCCAGAGGUCAUCCGAGUCUACAUUGGCUCUUUCUGGGCUCAGCCUCUCCUGGUUGCAGAUAACAGGAAACUGUUUGAGGCAGAGGAACAAGACCUUUUCCGUGACAUCCAGGGACUUCCACGAAAUGCAGCGCUGCGCAAGCUGAACGACCUUAUCAAACGGGCCCGUCUAGCCAAAGUUCAUGCGUACAUCAUCAGUGCUCUGAAGAAAGAAAUGCCAAAUGUUUUUGGGAAGGAGAAUAAGAAAAAGGAGCUCAUUGCUAACCUGGGUGAAAUAUAUGCAAGGAUUGAAAAAGAACAACAGAUCUCUCCUGGUGAUUUCCCUAAACUCAGUAAAAUGCAGGAAGUCCUCGCUGGUCAAGACUUCACUAAGUUUCAGGGACUGAAGCCCAAGCUUGUGGAAGCAGUGGAGGAUAUGCUGGCCAAUGAUAUCGCCAAACUCAUGACCCUCGUUCGGCAGGAGGAGGCUGCCAUGCCCAGCCAGGUGGUCCAGGGUGGUGCCUUUGACGGCACCAUGAAUGGACCCUUCGGGCAUGGCUAUGGAGAGGGUGCUGGUGAAGGCAUUGAUGAGCUGGAGUGGAUCGUGGCAAAAGACAAGCCAACUUACGACGAGAUCUUCUACACCCUGUCACCCGUCAACGGGAAGGUCUCUGGUGCCAUGGCCAAGAAGGAGAUGGUCAAAUCCAAGCUGCCUAAUAAUGUUCUAGGAAAGAUCUGGAAGCUUGCUGAUGUGGAUAAGGAUGGGUUCCUGGACGAUGAAGAGUUUGCCUUGGCUAACCACCUCAUCAAGGUCAAACUGGAAGGUCACGAGUUACCUGCUGAUCUUCCUGAUCACCUUGUGCCUCCUUCUAAACGAGGACAGUAAACAAUUUGGGAAAAUAAAUAUUAUCAUUGAGCCAAUCUUUGUCGAGGUUAUGGAUGUGGGGAGGGUCUGGAAGCGUAAAAACAUAUAUAAAAAUAACAUUUUUGAUAUAAUUAAACAAUAUGCAUUAGCUACAGGAAUCGAGCCAAAUUGCUUUUAACUUAUCUGUCAAUACAAUUUGUCACCUUUGCUAUUCUUAUGUUCCUUGUUUGUUUUUUUGUUGUACGAUGGUAUGGUGGCAGGGAGAUAACUUGUAUUAGAAAGAGGCAUUUAAUUGUUGCUUAUCUUACACUGAUGCUGCUUAACACUUAAAGCUAUGCAGGGAGAAAUAGGUCUGCUUGAUUUUAAAACUACUUUAGCUUGGCUUAUGUGUCCAUAUUAUCUGGAUCCUGUGAACAAAAGAGCUUUAAAACUUUACCAUUUGGACUUUAUUUUGACCACCUUUUAAUGCUAUAAAUAACUAUACUAUAAACUAUAAAUGUAAAAUGGUGCUGCAUUCUUGUAUGGUUUGUUUCAAAAGUUUCUAUAACUAUUCAAAAGAAGGAUUCAAGAUUUUAUUUUUCACGUGCAAGUUAUAUAACAUACAACAAGCAGUGAAAUAAAAGUCUAGUGAAAUGUUGGAAGUGUCUAUGACAAGACAUUCAACGGACAGAUACUCCAGUAUGAUCUGUGUCUGUUGUAGCAUCACUCAUAUUAGUUUCUGUCUGCUUUUGAGUGCCUCACCCCGCUAUAAUGUCUAAAGCUUUUCUAUAAGCUUCUCUAUGAAUACUGUUCAUAUGUAGAUUUUUUUUUUUUUUUUUUGGUCUAGUUUGCAUUUUUUAAAAAAUGACCACAAAACUGAAUUUUUACUUUUCUAAACCGAGUAUUUGAGUAACUUAUUUUUUUUUUUAAUAAGUAUUAAUCCUCAAAAAAGGUGCAAAUGACAAUUAAUCAAAAAAUUAUUUAGUACUUGUAGUACUGUUUUCAUAUCCUAAUAUGGUUAUACUGAGAGUGUGUGUGUGUGUGUGUGUGUGUGUGAGAGAAACAUACCUGAAUUAUGCCACGAUUAAAAGCUAUGUUGGGGCUGUGCCAGGCUUAUGAAGGAGGAAAAUAAUAAGGCUUUGACACAUAAUGAGUUCAAAGGAGGAACAGUUGAGAUAUGAGAUUCUGAAAAAGACUGUUUAAAGAUGAGUGCUAGAUUAAAUGAUGGUAAAGAGCGCUUAAGACUCUAGAUUCUCUGUAGAAUCAGCAAGGAAAAUUAGAGGUUAAGAUCUGAUUUUGCAUUGAUGAGUAAAGUUAUUACUUAUACUACAUUAUCAGUGUUGGGGAGUUACUAAUAAAAUUACAAUAUAAAUAUAA